UAGAGGAAGAGGAAGACGGAGCGAGCACAGUCGUAAAGGUUAGAGGUUAGACAGAGCUGCAGUCAGUCCACGUUGACGAAGUGGAAAAUCAAAGCUCAGGCUACCACAGACAUGUGAAAGAUCAAGAAGCCAAUGAGAGGCCUUGUACCUGAGCUCCCAGUCUGCAGCACAGUGACAACAAACAGGCUUCACCUGCAGUGACGGAGCUGCAGACGAGAAAGAGAGAGAGAGAAAGUGUUGGUACUUGGGAGCCAAGAAAGCAGAUCUGGAGUGGAGGUGUAAUGGAGAACCUGUCUGUCUACCAUGGACCUAUCGGCAAGGAGGAGGGCGAGAGGCGCCUGGCCCAGGACGGCCGGGACGGGAGCUACCUGGUGCGCAACAGUGAUUCUGUACCGGGCGUCUACUGCCUGUGUGUGCUGUCCAGUGGAUACGUCUACACAUACAGACUCCAUAAGGACGACGCAGGCUCCUGGGCUGCAGAUACCACUCCUGGUGUGCAAAAACGAUAUUUUCGGCAAAUCAGGAACUUGAUAGCCGCUUUCCAGAAGCCUGAGCAAGGAAUUGCCAUGCCCCUGCUCUACCCCGUCACUGCUCAGCUACGGGCACAGACGCCUGGUAAUGGCCUGUCGCUGACAUGCAGCGGCCAGCCGCAGCAGCAAAAGCAGCAGCCCCGGCAGAAGCCACCAUCACCAAAGCUACACACUGCUAAGGGACAGAAAAACAGGAACCAGAAGACAGAACCACAGAAAGCCUUUUCUCACCAGUGACCUAAUUGUUAAAACAACAUUGUACUCUUAUGAAGCCUACUGUUACAGUCUAAUCACUGUCUCUUAAAGUAAAGGUCUAUUUUUAUAAUUAAGCUGUUUUAUUUUAAUAAUUUAGUCUCAGGCAGUGACUCAGAUCUUAGUAUUCUUCAAAUCUCUCUUUUUUUUCUUGUAUAUGCGGCACAGAGAGAGUCUCAUAACUUUCAGGGAUGUGAUGUAAAAAUAUUCAGCUGCUCAAACAUUAAUAUCCAUUACUG